AUCCAAUGAAAGCGCUGUUUUUAAUUCGCUCGUAACUAUUUACUACACUCAAAGGUGAAAGAAAGCAUUACCUGUUAUGUUAGUCUGUUUCAUUCAUAUGCAUUACAACCCAUCCAUUUCAAAGCAAGUGGGUCCCACACGCUGUUCAUUCAUGUUCAUGUUAACCAACCCAACGUUUCACUCUCUCUGUGCCUUCUCUUCUCCCUCUUUCUCCGCCGUGUAAUUAUAUUCCAAUUCUUUCCUAAAAGAAAAUUCUUUUAUUUUAUUCCAAAAAGAAAAUUCCCUUUUUUUGCUCUCUUCCCUUUUGGGGAAUCCUUAUCAAGUGCACAAUGCUAUGUGAGUGAGUGAUCACAAAAAAAACAAGAAAACAAACUUUGUUGUGUUUUCUUCUUUUUAUUCUCCAUUCUGCUCAAACCUUCACCACCCUUUUGUGUUUUCUAUGAGAGUAAUGAUGAAAACCCAUCUGGGUAUUGCUCUUUGCCUUGUGAUGUUUCAGUGUGCAUGGUCUCAGGAUGAUGGUGUUGUCAUGAACAUGCUCAAGAAGGGGAUCAAAGCUCCCAGUGAUCUUCAAUGGACAGACCCAGAUGUGUGUAAAUGGGAACAUGUUCAGUGCAAUUCAAUGAAGAGGGUCAUUGCAAUUCAAAUUGGGAUGUUGAGCCUUGAAGGUUCUUUGCCAAAGGAACUGGUGCAACUCUCAGAAUUGACGCGUUUUGAGUGCAUGAAAAAUGGCCUAACAGGGCCAUUCCCUUACAUGCCAAAGUCCUUGCAGAGGCUUAUCAUCCAUGACAACAAUUUCAGCUCCAUACCAAGUGAUUUCUUCUCCACAAUGACAAAUUUGCAAGAGGUGAGAAUUGACUACAACCCUUUCCCUCAGUGGGAGGUUCCUGCUAGCCUCAAGGACUGUGUGGCCCUUCAGAUUUUCUCUGCAAUUAGUACUGGUCUUGUUGGGACAAUCCCAGAUUUUUUGGGCAAAGAUGGUCCCUUUCCAGGUUUAGUUUUCUUGGGCUUGUGUUUUAAUUUUCUUGAAGGUGGCUUGCCUGCAACCUUUUCUGGAAGUUCCAUAGAGAACCUUUUGGUGAAUGGUCAGAAAAGUAACAAUAAACUCAAUGGUACUCUUGCUGUGUUACAGAACAUGACAUCUUUGAAGCAAAUUUGGGCACAUGGUAACUCAUUCACGGGUCCUAUACCCGACUUGUCGAGCCAUGACCAACUGUUUGAUGUGAGUUUGAGGGAUAACCAAUUGACUGGGGUUGUUCCACCCUCCCUCAUUUCUCUUCCUGCUCUUACUGUUGUCAAUUUGACAAAUAACUAUCUUCAAGGGUCCCCUCCCAAGUUCAAAGAUGGGGUGAGAGUUGAUGAUGAUUUGGAGAGGGGGAUCAAUAGGUUUUGCACAAAGGUGGCUGGCCAGCCAUGUAGUCCCCUUGUGGAUGCUUUACUUUCUGUUGUUGAACCUUUGGGUUACCCUUUACAUCUUGCUGAUAGUUGGCAGGGUAAUGACCCUUGUGCUAAACAAUGGAUUGGGAUUGUUUGCGCAGGUGGUAACAUUUCAAUUGUUAACUUUCAGAACAUGGGUCUAUCUGGCAAAAUUUCCCCCAGUUUCGCAAGGCUUACAUCUGUCACAAAGUUGCUUCUUGCUAACAAUGGCCUUACUGGUACCGUACCAAGUGAACUCACUAGCAUGCCUCUUUUGAAAGAGCUAGAUGUUUCCAAUAAUAAAUUGUAUGGUAAGGUACCGUCUUUCCGUGGAGAUGUGGUUCUCAAAACUGGUGGCAAUCCUGAUAUAGGAAAGGAUGAACCUCGAGCCCCACCUGGCUCAGAUUCUGGGGGUGGUUCUAGAGGUGAAAGUAAGAAACAUAGAACUGGAGCAAUUGUUGGCACUGUGGUGGGGAGUGUCAGUUUACUUGGUAUAGGGGCCCUGGUGUUUAUUUAUGGUAGAAAACAUAAGCGUGGUGGAAAAGUCCAAAGUCCUAAUACAAUAGUUGUGCAUCCUCGCCAUUCUGGAGAUGGAAAUGCUGUGAAGAUAAGUGUUGCGACUGCAGGUUCUGGUGUUGGUGGUGGUGGAGAUGGAACCGGUGCGUUUAGUCCAACAACAAGUAGUGUUCAUCAUGUGGAAGCUGGUAAUAUGGUGAUUUCAAUUCAAGUUUUGAGAGAAGUCACAAACAAUUUUAGUGAAGGAAACGUGUUGGGGAGGGGUGGUUUUGGCACUGUGUACCAAGGAGAAUUGCAUGAUGGAACAAAGAUUGCAGUGAAAAGGAUGGAAUCAGGAUUGGCCGGUGAGAAGGGGCUGAGUGAGUUCAAAUCUGAAAUUGCAGUACUUACUAAGGUUAGACACAGGCAUUUGGUUGCACUUCUUGGCCACUGCUUGGAUGGAAAUGAGAGGCUUCUCGUGUAUGAAUUCAUGCCUCAAGGUCCUCUUAGUAAACAUUUGUUUGACUGGAAGGAGGAAGGGGUACAACCACUGGAAUGGAAGAGAAGGCUUUCCAUUGCAUUGGAUGUUGCUAGAGGUGUUGAAUAUCUCCAUGGUUUGGCACAACAAAUUUUUAUCCACAGGGAUCUGAAGCCAUCAAACAUCUUGCUUGAUGAUGAUAUGCACGCUAAAGUUUCAGACUUUGGAUUGGUUCGGCUCGCUCCGGAAGGACAAGCCUCGUUCGAGACCAGACUUGCUGGAACAUUUGGAUAUUUGGCACCAGAGUAUGCAGUGACCGGACGAGUUACUACAAAGGUUGAUGUGUACAGCUACGGCGUGAUUCUUAUGGAGAUGAUAACAGGAAGAAGAGCAAUUGACAACAGCCAACCAGAAGAGAAUAUCCACCUUGUGACAUGGUUCCGCAGGAUGCUACUGAACAAAGACUCAUUUGGAAAGCUCAUUGACCCCACAAUUGAUGUUGGAGAUGAAGCCUUACCGAGCCUUAGGACUGUGGCAGAGUUGGCUGGCCACUGUUGUGCUAGGGAGCCUUACCAGAGGCCUGACAUGGGUCAUGUGGUGAAUGUGUUGGCACCACUUGUUGAGAUUUGGAAGCCUUCAGAACCAGAUGGUGAUGAUUUAUAUGGCAUUGACUUGGAUAUGACUUUGCCUCAAGCACUAAGUAAGUGGCAGGCUAUUGAAGGAAAGGGCACCUUUGAUAUAUCAUCCUCUUCAUCAAUGCUUACUAGUGGAGAUAAUACACAGUCUAGCAUACCAACUAGGCCUUCUGGAUUUGCUGAUUCCUUUACUUCUUCUGACGGAAGAUGAAGUUUUGAUAGGCACAUACAUCAAUUCUUGUGUUUAUGCUUGGACCUGUUUUUGGUUUGUUUAUGUGUAUCUAAUUGCCCAUAUGUUACACCCUCUACAUCUCAAAACUUCCCUUGAGUAUCAUGGUCUUUUUUGUUUAUUGGAUUUUGUUUCUAAAUUUACUGUCAUUGUAGAGAUUCUGGGUUGCAAGAGGACUACAGAACAAAUAGUUGAACUUUCAGAUUUUCAUUAUUUAACUAGCCUUCAUUCUAAUGAGCAUGAAAAACAGGAUUUAGUUAUCCAUUUCAUGAUCAAAUAUAUUGCUAUAUGCUGUAAAUUAUUAGUUUUCUUCUACCCAAAUCCUUAUUUUCAGAUAAUGAACAUUCUCAUU